CGACAACACACAUGGAAAAUAACUGACUCAGCUGUGCUCUAUUAAAAGAGUUCAAAUCCCAAAGUAUUGCUGUGGCAGCGGGCAGACUGUCAUGUUGGAGGAGCUGUGUGAAUGAGCAGCAGGAGUAUAAAACCCAGAAGACCUGAGGAAGCCUGAGAAGCACAAAUCCUCCAGGAGAUGGACCCGGUGUGGACCACCACUGUCCUGCUGGUGCCAUGUGUGGUGGUGCUGACAGCUGGAUUUUUCUACCUCUACAGCACUGUCGUGGGUCUAUUCUCCAAAACAUCUGUACGCAAUAAAGUGGUGGUCAUAACCGACGCCUUAUCUGGGCUUGGAAAAGAAUGUGCAGAUGUGUUUCACAAAAGAGGAGCGAGGCUCAUCCUCUGUGGGAAGAGCUGGGAGAAACUGGAAGAACUUGCCGAUGAUUUGUCAAACGCCUCAGACCCAACGCUGACGUUUCCCUCCAAACUGGUGCUGCUGGACUUUGGAGACAUGGACAGCCUGCCGGACGUGAUCUCAGAGAUCCUGGAGUGUUACGGCUGCCUGGACAUCAUCAUCCUGAACAGCAGCAUGAAGGUGAAGGCACCAGCACAGACCGUGUCUUUGGAGAUGGACAAGCUGCUGAUGGACAACAACUACUUUGGACCGGCCACGCUCGCCAAAGGUUUGCUGCCCUCCAUGAUCUGCAGGAGGACGGGUCACCUGCUGCUGGUCAACAGCAUCCAGGGGAAGCUGGCCAUGCCUUUCCGCACUGCAUACGCAGCCUCUAAACAUGCUGUCCAGGCCUUCUUUGACAGCCUGAGAGCUGAGGUGGAGGAGUAUGGCAUCUCCGUCAGUACCAUCAACCACACCUUCAUCUCUGCAUCAAUUGAAGACACAGAGACACCCUCCAAAUCCAUCUGCUCAUUGUUGCACACUAAGAAGCCUCCGGGCGUUUCUCCAGAAGAGGCAGCAACUGAGAUUGUGAAGACUCUGAGCAGCAAGAGGAAAGAGGUCCUGAUCGCUCCCUCGCUCCCAAAGAUGGCCAUCUACGCCAGGUCCUUCUUCCCCAACGUGUUCUUCGCCGUGAUGGCGGCAGGAGUGAAGCACGCCGAGGCCUCUGAGAACAUGUAGAGCUGUAGCUGAGAAAAAAAUAUGACAUGAGAUUUAAUGGUUAAGGUGAAACAAACCAGUGGAAAUGGAAGUUAUGUUUUAUAAUAGCAGUCACACAUUUGACCAUGCAGAAAAACUAAAAAUAACAUUCAUAAUCUUGUCUUGUUUCCAUAAAAAAAUAUUUACAGCUACAAUUUUUACAAUUUGGCUUCAUUGAAGAUAGCAUCUAAACCAUGCUAUGGUAUUUCUUACACGUAUUGACAGAAAUGUGGUUUUAAAAGGAAAAAAAGGGGGGGAAAAGAACAGGCAUUUUAUGUUAAAUGACCAGUUUUUCCAUUAAAAAUAAUUGUCUAUUCUAAAAAAAAUAACAAUAUAAAACACCAAGUCAAUUCUACCUAGGUUUAAAGAAUGUAUCAAUACUGUCAACAACAUUUUCUGAAUGACUGAUUGUAUACAUUUACAAUAAAAUGAAGUUUUGUUUCUCCUUUUA